AUGGCAUUAUUUUAUUUUCUAGUUCUUAGUUUGUGCAUAACAUGUUGCAUAGUUGAUGCAAGAAGCAAACCUCUACUAAAUGAGCAGAAUCAGUUUACUACAUCAUAUAGUACUAUGCAUCAAGUGGAUAAUGAUUUUGAUUGUGUUGAUAUUUACAAGCAAGAUGCUCUGCAACAUCCUUUGCUAAAAAAUCACAAAAUUCAGCUUUACCCAACAUUCGCAAAGAAUGUUGUGCAGAGUACGCGAUCUAAUGAUGGUGAAUGUCCGGUAGGUAAAACACCUAUUUAUAAGGGGAUAAGAAAACAUCAAUUUGAUACUAAUUCGUCUUCAAAAUUACAAUCUGGAGAUUUGCCUAUUGGCUAUCAUACUGUUUCUCUCGAUACAACCAAAGAUUGUAUAAAUGGAGGAUACGCGGCGAUAAGUAUUUAUAAUCUAUCACUUUCAGUUGGUCAAUAUAGCUCGUCUUUAAUUUGUGUUGCAAGUGGCCAACCAAACGAAAAUAAUAUAUGUGCUGGACUUUCGGUUUAUCCUGCCUUAUAUGGAGAUAGUCAACCACGAAUAACAACACAAUGGCUGGAUGGCACUAACCGUGAUUGUAUCGAUAAGCGUUGUUCUGGUUUCGUCCAAGUAACUCAAGACAAACCUUAUAUUGGAGUUGUCCGAUUACCCAGUACUCCAAUUGGUGAAGAAGGGGAAAAAAUUGUUGUUAAUGUCAAAAUCCAGCGGGAUAACUCCACAGGUAAUUGGUGGUUAACUCUUGAUGAAAUUGUACAAGUUGGAUAUUGGCCAAAAGAAUUAUUUCCUCACUUAAGUGAAGGAGCAUCUUUGGUUAGAUUUAUGGGUCAAGUUUAUGCUUCGCCUAAUUUGGUGAAUCCCCCAAUGGGUAGUGGGAGAUUGCCUAAAGAAGGAUAUGCAAACGCAGCUCUUUUUGGAAAACUCAUGACUAUUGAUUCAGAAUCUACUCAAAGUGAUGUAGAACCUGAAGAUAUGAAACCAUAUAGUGAUGCUAAUUCAGAUUGCUAUGAUUUGUUGUAUUAUAAGUAUUCAGGACCUACGUAUCGACAAGCUUUUCUGUUUGGUGGGCCGGGUGGACAAAAUUGUGAUAAAUGA